UCAACACGUCCGCCAGUCAACACAUCCGCCAGUCCGCCCCGCGCUGCGGAGGCGGGGAUUGCGUGUCCCCCGGACCGCGCCUCAUUUUCUGCCGUAGGUGCGACUGAGCAGGCGCUCGCCGACACUUUUCCUUCUUUGGGAACGGAGUUAUCAAGACGACCUCGGAGAGUUCUGCAGAAGGGGCCCAGAGACCUAAGUAGGUGAACGUGCGCCCUUAGCUAAAUACGCCUACAGUUCGGUCUGGACGCGAGAGAAUACACGUUCCACCCACUUCUUAGGUGCUGCUCUCUCUUAAGAGGAAAAAGGAAGAAAGAGGAAGUUCAAGGCCUCGGUCCCGCUAGGCUCCGGCAAUGGCGAAGAGGACGGCUGGCUGCGUGCGGUGGGGCUCCGGGUGGCUGCUCCGCGUUCUGAUGUCGCUGUUGGACCUGGAGCAGUUUCAGCUAAUAGCGGCCACAGGUUUACUGCAAGUGGAGAUGGCGGGGAGGACUCAGAUGGUUUUCUUGAAUGAAAAUGUGACUAUCUCUUGCAAGAUCCCUGGUUCCCCACACCUGGACAUCAACAGUAUAGGUAUCACCUGGUUUCAAAAGACUGGAACUUCUGAAACUGACACCAAACUGUUUGAGUAUUUUGGAAACCACAGAGAGGCAUCCCAACGUGGAGCCAGCGUGUCUCUACGAAGUCUGCAGAGGGGAGAUGCCUCAUUGCAGCUGCCUGGUGUCCGGCUGGAAGAUGCAGGGGAGUACCGCUGUGAGCUGGUGGUUACUCCUCAGAAGGCACAGGGGACUGUCAGACUGGAGGUUGUAGCUCCGCCAGUCAGCAACUUGUCUGAACAAGUCAUGAUGAAAGAUAACGAGGACAAACAUAUUUUGUGUAUAUCAAGUGGGUUCUACCCAAGGCAUAUUAACAUCACGUGGAAAAAGUGGACCCAGAAGGAUCCCCAGUUCCGGGAGUUUUCUCAGAAUAUCACCACUGACCACAUAGUCGAGAAUGAGGAUGGUACAUUUAAUAUCACUAGCCACCUGAGGCUGAAGCCAUCUCAGGAAGACAAUGGGACCAUCUAUCAGUGUGUGGUAUGGCAUGUAUCCUUGCCCACAAUCCAGAGUUUCAACUUCCACUUGGUUCUACAUCCAGAAUCUGAGAAGAAAACUUACCAGUUCUAUAUUGACAUGAGCAUAUUAAUCAUUAUUGGACUGAUUAUUGGACUGAUCUUUAUCGGACUGAAAAGGUCAGUAAAAUGCUGGAAAUGCUGCCUGCUGGAGGAUGAGGAGAGAGGGUCUGCGCUCAGUGUUGUCCAAUGUUGUCCAGUGUUCAUGACAGGACAACGGCCUGUAGUCCGCCAGGCUCCUCUGUCCGUGAAAUUUUCCAAGCAAGAACACUGGAAUGGGUUGCCAUUUCCUUCUCCAGGGGCUCUUGCCAACCCAGAGAUCGAACCCAAGUCUCCUGCAUUCCAGGCAGAUCCUUUACUGCUUGAGCCGUUGCGGGAAGCUGGAGGAUGAGAGACACUGUAAUCGGAGACUUCUGGGGGAUGAGACCCCCGAAGCUGGAACUGGAUCAGAUGACCGCUUCCUCAGUGCAUCAACAAAUCUAGCUGAGA